AUGGCUUCGCGCGUGUGUCACUUCUUCCAACAAGGCCGUUGUCGCAACGGUGAAUCCUGCAGAUUCUCCCAUUCAGGUCCGCAGCAGGCAAGAGGUGCAAAAAACGAUAACCAUCAACACACCGACGUCUUUCGUGUACCAAGAGACGAUUACCGCACCCUUACGAUCUGGUUGAGUCAAGUCCAGCACCCCGCCGAUGUCCUUCCGCCACGUCACCUGGAGACCUGGAUCACAACCGCUCUUUCCAUCGUCGAGGCCGAUCAUGUCGAGAGCAAGCAGCGCGUCACCACUCAUCUAGCUACCGCAGGUGGUCUUGCUCAGAUCAAGCAGCUCGCGGAUUCAGCACCUUCAGUGGCCAAUGUGAACGACUGCAAAACAUUUGUCGACCGAAGUGCCAUGCCGCUGCUCAAAAUCAUCUCACAUCCCGACAUCAUUCGUUCCGCGCUCUUGGAAGAAUCUCUCUUUGCGAUCACUGGCGUCAUCUUUGGUGUUGGUGGUACCCGAGCUGUGCGUUUCUUCGGAUCAAUCUCUGCUGCUUUGAGCUCGACGACUGUGGACACCACUCUCAACAUGGACAAGAUGGCUGCAGCUCUUCUCGUCUUGGACAAGGUCGUCGACCUCUGCCGGACAACCUACCUCGCAUCCAUCAAUGCUGGGCGAGCCCUGAAUCACCUCCAAGCCUUGUUCGAACGUGGAUUCGGCCUGCCUCUGCCUACCGAAAUCUCAGUCGCGACACAAGUUGCUAGCUUCGACCUGGUCGUUGACGGGCCGGGCAGUCUGCGUCCGAAGGGUCCUCGACACAGCAACGAUCAUCAGAACAUCUCUCACAUCAAGAUCCUGCCGUCCAAUGACGAGCUGGGUGCCCUCCAUACCGAAUACCUGCCUGUUGUCGAUCCGAAGAAGAGUCAUCUGCCCGGACUCGCAGGAGUCGUCGAUCGCAACUUUCGACUGCUAAGAGAAGAUACCAUUGGGAUGCUUCGAGAUGCGGUCCGUGUUGCCACCGACAACCUUCGCAAAUCACAGAACCGAGACACAAAGCACGACAUCGAUGCUCGAUCCCACAGUCGAACGAUGCUCUACGAAGGUGUCGACUUGCACGGCGUCCGUCUCGGCCCCAAGGGACUGGCUAUGGAAGUCUCAUUCGAUCAACCCAAACUGGCUGCGAACAAGACAAAGACUGCUUUGCAACAUUGGUGGGAAGCUUCUAAGCUCCUCAACGAAGAAGCACUCGUCUGCCUCAUUGGUGAUGGCUUUGCAGCCUUCAUGAUGGUCUGUCAGGAGCCAUCGCUGAGUGCCAAGAAGGGUCCCAAGCCAGCGACCAGUCGUCGACUUCUAUUCGAGGACGCCGAGCGAGCCAGAGUGUGGUUGCAAUUGAUCGAGCCGGACAACUUCCGAUUCGAAGCCAUCGAUGAGUGCAUUCAGGAAUGGGAGCAGCGACCCUUGAUCCUGUGCGAAUUCCCCGGCAUACUCUUACCUUCAUUCUAUCCCACUCUGCAGGCACUUCAGCACCAAAGCUCUCGCCUUGAUGUGCCCUUCGCAGACCUCAUCGCCAGCCAGACUGGACAAGCACAUCUGGAUCUCGACACGCCCCCCGAUUAUGCACGACUACCGAACUUUGCGUUCGAUCUCAGUGUGCUGGUCAGUGGCCAGCAUGCCCUUCGCUUCGUUCCUGGUCAGGCUUUCGACUUCGACACUCUCGGCAAACAUUCCACACUCGACGCUGCACAGCAAGCUGCCAUCAUUGAUGCUCUUAGUCAUCGUCUGGCAUUGAUUCAAGGACCUCCCGGCACAGGCAAAUCCUUUUGCGGUGUCGUUUUGAUCAAGGUACUGCUCGCGAACAAGAAACAGGGCAAGCUGGGACCGAUCAUUUGCGUGUGCUACACCAACCAUGCUCUCGAUCAAUUGCUUGAGCAUCUCGUUGCCGACGGUGUGAAGCAGAUUGUUCGCAUCGGAGGUCAGUCCAAAUCCGAGGCCUUGCAAGAAGUCAACCUACGCAAAGUGGCCAUGUCAAUGCCUUAUACAGCAUCGGAGCGCAAAAAUUACGCCAUCAGUGCCAGUCAUCUGGAAGAUCUUUUCAAGCAAAUCAAGCCGUUGUUGGCUAAGGUAUCUUCGGAGCCAACAUUCGACGAUGUGAAGGAGUACUUGUCAGUGCACAGUAUCGACCAUCAUCGACAGCUCCUUGGCCUGUUUCAGCCCGAAGGCGAAAACGAGGAAUGGAAAGUUGUUGACUACGAUAAGAGAUCGCCUUUGGAGCGCUUCCUUCAUCCCAAAGUCGCUCCUCCGGAAAGCAACCAGCUGCGGAACAUCUCUGAGCUUCACGGUAUUCCCCUUGCAGAUCUUGCGCCGUCCGAGCGUCAGAGACUUUUCGACGACUGGUGUCAAGGUAUCGUCGAAACACACAAGCGAAGUCUGAAAGUCAUGCUAGAAGAUUACGAACGCGCACAAGCGGCCUCCCGCAAGAUCGGCGACGAGCAAUCACUACGGUGCCUCGACCAGGCAAACAUCAUUGGCUUGACCACCUCUGGCCUCGCUCGCAGAAUUCAUCUCAUGAGACGGCUGAAGUCCAAAGUCUUAAUAUGCGAAGAGGCCGGCGAAGUUCUGGAGGCACAUCUGAUCACUGCGCUUGUUCCGCGCAUCGAGCACUGCAUCCUCAUUGGCGACCAUGAGCAAUUGCGGCCUCAAAUCCAGAAUUACGAUCUGCAGGCAGCUAAUCCAAUGGGCCGCCAGUACUCGCUGGACAUGUCACUAUUCGAGCGUCUGAUCAGCCCGCCUACCGUCGAUGCACCCAGGCUUCCGCAUACGACACUACAGAUCCAACGUCGCAUGCAUCCGCAGAUUUCAGAGCUGAUCCGCACCACACUUUAUCCGCAUCUCGAGGAUCAUCCCUCAGUCCACGUUCUUCCUCCAGUUCCCGGUAUCGCCCAGCGUCUUUUCUGGCUCGAUCACCAGGAACACGAGGAGAACAAGGACCACACCAGAUCGUUUGCAAAUCUGUACGAGGUCGAGAUGGUUGCUGCAAUGGUGUCGCACUUGGUCCGGCAAUGUCAAUAUGGCAAGGACGACAUCGCCGUUCUCACUCCCUAUCUUGGGCAACUACGCUUGCUAAAACAUCGUCUUCGCUCGAUGUUUGAGAUCGUGGUCGACGAGCGGGACCAAGCUGAUCUUGUGAAGCACGGCAUCGAAGACAACGAUAGUCCCGAGGGCACGGUGGUCUCUCGAACAAAUCUGCUCAGUACAGUCCGCCUUGCCACCGUUGACAACUUCCAAGGCGAAGAAGCCAAGGUGGUAGUCGUUUCACUUGUGAGAAGCAACGCAGAGAAGAAGUGCGGCUUCCUACGAACCACAAACCGCGCCAAUGUGCUGCUCAGCCGAGCUCAGCACGGGAUGUCAUCGAAAUACUUCGACAGAACGGUCGCAUCGGUUCAGCUCUCGAUCUCAUUUGCCCACGUCAUCCCGACUCUCCAAUUAUGGUCACAAAGCCCGACGAUUUUGUUCGAUACUCUCCAGAAGGCGGCUGUGAUCGGAAAUGCAUCGAACGCCUCCCUUGUGGACAUCAAUGUCCUCAGAGAUGCCAUGUUCGAGCACUUCACGACAAUGUCUUCUGUCAUGUGCGCUGCGGAAGAGCUCGCGAUGGCUGCGAUCAUUUGUGCGAGAGACAGUGUGGUGAAUCUUGCGGCAACUGCAACGUCAUGA